GCAGCAAUUUUGGCGCAUCUUACCAACGUCUUUUGCUUUGCAAAGUACAGAAGCAGCCUGAUAUGUGUAUACAAUUAAUAAAGUGUUUUGGAUCACUCAAUGUAGCAGGAGGAAGAGCUGACUGGUGAGAUAUGUGGCGCCUGAAAGCAGUAGGACACAAAUCAAGUGUGUCUGGUAAAGAUCUGGAGGAGUUGAAGCAGAAGAGAAGAGAACAUGAAAAAGUCUUGAGACAGGCAAGGAGAGACAGACAGCUGGUCAGUAAGAGGCUUUUGUUAAGUGAAGAAGAGCAGGAGAAAGAGCUGGUUGAAACAAACCGUGCUCCUUUUUCUCAAGACCAGAUUCGAGAGAUGUUACACAAUGUGCAGCACGGUGGAGAACAAAAAGCUGCUCAUCUGGAGAUACUAAGAAAGGCACUAAGAGACCCUGAGACUCACGUCAUCUUUACGAAACUGGAGAACAGCAUGUACGUGCUGGUUGGGCAGCUCAGCGGACACAAUGCUCAGUGCCAGCUGAAGGCAGUGCGGUGUCUUCAUGAGCUCUCCAGCUCUCCUCACCCUGGUGUGGGGCAGUCGUGCUUGUCUGCAACUCCAUAUCUUCUCACAUAUCUCUCUAGCCCCAGUGCCAAAUUUACAGAACUUUGCCUGUACACGUUAGGGAAUCUGUGUCCAGAGGGUGCUGUAGUAAAAGAGAAGUUGGUGGUCCAGGGGAUAGUGCCUGCUCUGGCUAAUUGCAUUCAGAAUCAGAGAUGUAACCUGGCCGUGAUGGAGGCAGUGGGCUUUACAUUGUCUCAGCUUCUUCAGGAUAAAGAUGCUACAGAAGUUAUUCCGAUGGUCAUGGCCUCUGGAUUGGUUCCUCACUUGAUUUCACUUCUGACUCCAGAUCCGGAGUUUGGUAUGGGAGCCGCCAUCGAAUGUGCCUGGUGUUUACAUUAUAUAGUAUCACGUCUGUCUGAUCCCUCCACCUUGAUAACUGAAGGACUCUUCUCACAGUGCAGUAACCUCCUGAUUACACUAGGAGGGGCUGUUGCUAAAGAAAGCACUAAUGACGGUGUGGAGUUGCUGAUCUGGCCUUUGCUGCGCUGCUUGGGCAAUAUGUUGGCCAGCGGGGUGUGUGAGGCUGCAGGAUGCUCAGCGGGUGUAGAGGAUGUCCGUCUCUUAGCAGCUCUGUGUGUGUUCAGCCAGACUUACCUAACCUCCUACUGUGCUCUAAGCAGGGAGAGCCUGUGGGUCCUCAACAACCUCACAGCUGGUUCACUUGUGUUUUGUUCGGCUGUGCUGUUUUUAAACAUGGUACCAGCUCUUCUUCAGCUUUUACCCUUUUCUAAUGGAAUCAAUACCAUGGUGCUAAGAGUUCUGGGUAAUGUUGCCCACUGUGGUCUGGGAUACUGUAUACAGCUGACGCAAGCGGGUCUGCUCCCUGUCCUUUGUACCACACUCAAAAUGGCUGAUCCUGACAUUGUAAUACUGAGCUUGGAGGUGUUGCAUUUGCUGACUGCGAGUAGCCCACAGGUAGCUGAAGAGUUUAUCAGGAUGGAUGGCAUUUCUCUUUUGGAAGCAAUUCAAUAUAACAAUGAAAAUGAGCAUCGUCUUCGAGCAUCGAACAUCUUGGACUACCUGCAUGCUCACUAAAGCGUUCAUACAGCCUGUAAUAAGGCAUAUUGGUUUUCAAUUAGUGUGUGUACAUGAGGAAUAAAAACAUCUGUGGACAUGG